AUGUGCACGAACUGCCUUGAUUGGUGCAGCCUGUUCCUCACGAUCAUGCCGAAGCCACCCUUGGUGACGAACAUCUCGCGCGUGCACUUAGACAUCUCUGUGAUGGCGUCGUCAGUAUACUCAUGCUCCACCCUGCAGGACGACGAGGAUGAGGAGGCCGCGGCGUUUGAUGCCGACAAGCAGGGCGGCUUGCCGGCCGACUUCGAGGCACGGCCUCCCGGCGGCGACUUCGAGGUGGUGGCCAACCGGCGCGCCCGCCGGAAGAACAGGCGCGACCAGGCAGAGCCCGCCGGGCCCGCGCCCGCCGCCGCUGGGCGGCAGGCGGAGGACGCGGCGGCGGCGGCCAGCCGGGCCGGCGCGGAGAAGCCGGGCGGCCGGGAGGCCCAGGACGGCCUCCCCCUCGUCACCUGGAUGGCCGUGGAUCUCGACACCCCAGACUUCGACGUCGACGAGCGUCUGCUCGGAGGGCGUCAGGCUGGCCAGGGCUCCCCGAUCUGCGGGCCGUCCUUUCACCCCCUGGGCAGCGCGGGGGCGCGGGGGGCCAACGUCGAGUAUUUGGGGGCCCUGAUGCAGCGGGCUGGCGGGCUGAAGUGGCCCGGGGUAGUGGCGGCGGACUGGAACGUCGAGCCCGCGGACUUGACCUCGCGGGGCAAGAAGGCCAGCGCCGCGCCAGUGCGACCGCGGGCCCCCGCGAGCGGAGCUAAUGAGUAUGGCUACGCGAUUAUGUCCGAGGUGCUCUCGAGCAGGUUCGACACCCUGCCGGCGCUCAGCGGCGGGCCCACCUCGCCCCACUCGGCGGCGGAGGCGGCGUUCUGGGGGCCCCAUCGGCGCACCCCGAUCACGUCGGCGCUGCGCCCCGGCAAGUUCCCCGCCGAUCACGAGCCGCCCGCGGAGCAAGCGCCGCUGCUCUUGGGGGCGCAGGACUCGAGGUGGCAGAUCGGCGAGCUCCCCGAGAGCUGCGCGGAGCAGGCGUCGAAGUUCCAGCGGGCCAUGGCGUCGGACGAACCCGGCCAGGUGGAGCAGGCGCCGCUCGCGCAGGGGUGGGCCGCCGCGCCCAGGGCCACGACCAGCCCAGCCCGUCGCCUGCGGGCAGGGUUCCUGGCCGCCUGCCGCCGAGCAGCGGCGCUGCGAGGAUGCCUGGAGGACUCCAGCUGGAGACGCUGCAGCAAGCCCGAGGGUCAGAUACGUGUCGCCAGGCGCUUCGUGAUUGCGGCGGACGGCUGGGCGCGCGACGGUCAGCUUGCCGGCUUGGGCGUCGACGCCGUCGCACGCGCGGCGGAGUGGAGGUUGCUCCGCGCGCGCCGCAGGCUGUCGCUGUGGUUCUUCCAGGGUUCCAAGAUCAGGCCAACCAUCCUGGAGAGUCACGACGGCAGUGCGGAGGAGCUCUGGCCGGUUGUGGACGCCGAGGUCGCCUCGGCCCUCGGCGAGCGCCGGGGCUCUGCAGGGCUCAAGAGGAUCCAACAGGGCGCCGGGAAAGCUGCAUGUGAGCUCGAGGAGAGUCCAGCAGGUCCCGAGAAGGAUUGCAAGCAGGUCGCCGAGGUGCUGCGACAGGGCGCCGAAGGCGCCGACGACGACGGCCAGGCCGAGGCGGCGCGCAGCGCGGAGACAGGCGAGGCCCAGGCGACGGCGGUCGACGACGGGCAGCGGCUGACCAACAAUGCGGUGCUCGACGAGAUCCGCAGGCGCGGGCAGGAGAUAGAGUCGCGGCGCCGACCAUGGGCCGUGCGCACUGGCCCGAGCUGGGCUGCAGUGCUGACUUUUUCGCGAGUCGGCUGCCAGCUGCGCCGGCGCGGCGGCCUUGCCGACCACCUCGGCGGAGUUCAGGGUGCGGGUCCCGGGGUGCGCGACGGCCCCUUGCACAGGACCAGGGUUCGAGACUUCGAGGCUUCGAGGUUCGAGGCCCAGGCGCAGGGAGUCAUCAGGGGCCGCGUCAGGCUCGGAGGCCUCGAGGCUUCGAGGAGCCUCGCGCACCGUCUGCCGCACGCCUCCGCCGGCACGGGGGCGGGGUUCGAGCUAAUGGACUCCACGGAGCUGUGGUCGAGGAAGGGCCUGGAGGGCCCCACGGUGGAAACGUCGGGACAAGGUCCAGCUUGGAAGGACCUCGGUGUUCCUGAGGAGCCCGUGACGCCCGAGCGCCGGCGUUGGGCGGACGACCUGGACGAGGAGGAGGACGAUUGGGAGUGGCAGUGCCCGUCGGGCUUCCGCCUGGAGCCGUUCACCUGCUCCGGGGACACCGUAUGCUCCUCGUGCGGGAAGGUGCAGCGCAACGGGUCGUUCGCGAUGCGGAGCAGCGAGAGCGGCUGGACCGCGUGCGAGGAGUGCGUGAACUUGGCGUGGGACCAGCCGGUGAGCUCAGAGGUGCCCCCCGCCGCGUCGCGCGCCCCGCCGAGCGGCCAGCCCGGCCUCAGCUCGGCGGCGAGCCCGGGGGGUUUGAGGCUCGAGGUUUUCGAGGUUCGAUCGAUCUGGGCGGGAUCGGAGUAG